AUGGCAAUAGAUGUCGCAGUGCAUAUAGCUGGAACUGCUGAAGGCAUGGCUGAUCAGAUGGACUCCGAAGAGGUUGCAGACCUGGGGUCUCCUACUAGAAUCUCAAAGCAUUCUAUUGUCUUGGAAUCUCCUUCUCUUCCAUGGUAUCAAGUGUAUAGCUUCCUCUGCCCCCAAACUGUCACCAGGUUGGAACUAUCUGACCUUGCCCCUUUUGUCAUAGUAAGACUUCAACUGUUGUUGGUAAGAGGCAACUCGGACAAAGGAUUUCUCGCAUUCUCCCUCAAGUACCUCGGAUUGGCCAUUGCUUUGCAGAUACCUUGGGGUAGACAGGUGUUGCUUGAUGUCGUACUUUGCAAAGAAGGCAGUGAUCUGGUCGCUAAUGAAUUGUGA